CGUAGGAUCGCGUUUCCCGGGGAGCCCUACCCUUACCCGCCUGCCCCGCAGACCCCUGGGGCCUGUUUGGGCCCCUGCCAGCCGGUGGGAGGUGCCUGGGCCUCUGCCUGCGCUCAUAGCAGGCCCCGCCAGUAGGUUCCUGCUCUCUGACCCCAGUGCCGGAGUCUGGACUCGGCCUGGAUCUCUCAGGUUUGAGCCUCACCGGUGCUGGCUGGCGGAGCCGGCAGCCGCACCUUCCUGUGCCAGUCCUGCCCACCCGGCCCCAUGCCCCCUCCAGCCAGACCCAGGCCACGGGCUGAGAGCAGGCACGUGGGGGCCAAGGCUCUGUGACCAGGCCCGGGAGUCGGGGCUCCGGGGGCCCGGCCACCCGUUCCUCGAUGGAGCUGAGGCCCUGGGCCCUCUGGGUGGUAGCUGCAGCAGGAGCCUUGGCCCUGCUGGCCGCCGACGCCCGUGGCCAGAAGGUCUUCACCAACACGUGGGCCGUGAACAUUCCUGGUGGCCCGGCCGUGGCAGAGAGUCUGGCCCGCAAGCAUGGCUUCCUAAACCUGGGCCAGAUCUUCGGUGACUACUACCACUUCUGGCACCGUGCUGUCACCAAGCGGUCGCUGUCACCUCACCGCCUGCACCACAGCCGGCUGCAGCGGGAGCCUCAGGUCCAGUGGCUGGAGCAGCAGGUGGCCAAGCGGCGGUCCAAGCGGGAUUUGUUCCGGGAGCCCUCGGACCCCAAGUUCCCCCAGCAGUGGUACCUGUCUGGUGUCUCCCAGCGGGACCUGAACGUGAAGGAGGCUUGGGCCCAAGGCUUCACGGGUCGCGGCAUCGUGGUCUCCAUCCUGGAUGACGGCAUCGAAAAGAACCAUCCGGACUUGGCAGGCAAUUAUGACCCCGAUGCCAGCUUUGAUGUCAACGACCAGGACCCCGACCCCCAGCCUCGGUACACGCAAAUGAAUGACAACAGGCACGGUACCCGCUGUGCGGGAGAGGUGGCUGCUGUUGCCAACAACGGAGUCUGUGGUGUCGGUGUGGCCUACAACGCUCGAAUUGGAGGGGUACGCAUGCUGGAUGGUGAAGUGACGGACGCGGUGGAGGCCCGCUCGCUGGGCCUGAACCCCAACCACAUCCACAUCUACAGCGCCAGCUGGGGCCCCGAGGACGACGGCAAGACAGUGGACGGGCCUGCCCGCCUGGCCGAGGAGGCCUUUUUCCGGGGGGUCAGCCAGGGCCGCCGUGGACUGGGUUCCAUCUUCGUCUGGGCCUCAGGGAAUGGGGGCCGGGAGCACGACAGCUGCAACUGCGAUGGCUAUACCAACAGCAUCUACACGCUGUCCAUCAGUAGCGCCACGCAGCGGGGCAACGUGCCCUGGUACAGCGAGGCCUGCUCCUCUACCCUGGCCAGUACCUACAGCAGCGGCGACCAGAACGAGAAGCAGAUUGUGACCACUGACCUGCGACAGAAGUGCACAGAGUCGCACACGGGCACCUCGGCCUCUGCCCCGUUGGCGGCAGGCAUCAUCGCGCUCACCCUGGAAGCCAAUCAGAACCUCACAUGGCGGGACAUGCAGCACCUGGUGGUCCAGACCUCGAAGCCAGCCCACCUCAACGCCAACGAUUGGGCCACCAAUGGGGUGGGCCGGAAAGUAAGCCAUUCCUACGGUUAUGGCCUGUUGGAUGCGGGGGCCAUGGUGGCUCUGGCUCAGAACUGGACCUCCGUGGGCCCCCAGCGGAAGUGUGUCCUCGAAAUCCUCACAGAGCCCCGGGACAUCGGGAAGCGAUUGGAGGUGAGAAAGACAGUGAGCGCCUGUCUGGGGGAGCCGAGUCACAUCCGCCGGCUGGAGCACGUCCAAGCGCGCCUCACUUUGUCCUACAACCGGCGCGGCGACCUGGCCAUCCACCUGGUCAGCCCCAUGGGCACCCGAUCCACCCUGCUGGCCGCCAGGCCGCACGACUACUCGGCAGAUGGCUUCAACGACUGGGCCUUCAUGACCACCCAUUCCUGGGACGAGGACCCUUCUGGAGAGUGGGUGCUCGAGAUUGAGAAUACCAGCGAAGCCAACAACUAUGGGACGCUGACCAAGUUCACCUUGGUGCUGUACGGCACCGCCCCGGAGGGAGCAUCCUCGUCCCCUGAGAGUAUCGGCUGCAAGACCCUUACAUCCAGCCAGGCCUGUGUGGUGUGUGAAGAAGGCUUCUCCCUGCACCGUAAGAGCUGCGUGCAGCACUGCCCGGCCGGAUUCGCCCCGCAGCUUCUCACCACGCACUAUAGCGCCGAGAAUGCCGUGGAGACCAUCCGUGCCAGCGUCUGUGCGCCCUGCCACCCCUCCUGUGCCACCUGCCGUGGGCCGGCCCCCACCGACUGCCUCAGCUGCCCCAGCCACGCCUCACUGGACCCCGUGGAGCAGACGUGCUCGAGGCAGAGCCAGAGCAGCCGAGCGUCCCCGCCUCGGCAGCCAUCCGCCCCGCCGGACUCAGAGCUGCAGCCGCGCGCCGGGCUGCUGCCCUCGCACCUGCCCGAGGUGAUGGCCGUCCUCAGCUGCGCCUUCAUCGUGCUGGUCUUUGUCACUGUCUUCCUGGUGCUGCAGCUGCGCUCGGGCUUCCGUUUCCGGAGCAUGAAGGUGUACACCAUGGACCGCGGCCUCAUCUCCUACAAGGGGCUGCCCCCCGACGCCUGGCAGGAGGCCCCGUCCGACUCGGAGGAGGAGGAGGGCCGCAGCGAGAGGACUGCCUUUAUCAAGGACCAGAGCGUGCUCUGACGCGCCCGGCCACCUCGCCUCGGCAUUCACCAAAGUAUUUUUUUCUAUCUUGGGAACUCUGGGGGCCAAGACCUCGCCAUGCCUGAAAUGGGGGUCCCCGGAGGCCUCCCCGCUCUCGCCCCUCGUGUGCGGAGAGAGGAGAGGGACUGGAGCGGCUCUCCCAGGCUGCCUCUUCUUCCAGUCCCUGCUGGUUGCAGUUCCCUCACCGCUCCUCGUCCCCCUAAAGCAAUAAUGGUCCCCCACAGGCAGCAGGGAGGUUGGCCGAGGGGGAUGUGACGGAGGCGGCCACUUUCCAAGGGCUUCGGCACCCUCACCCUGUCCUACCCCACCCCGACCCAGCGGUGAGCCAAUAAGGGACCAAGCCAGGCUGGUGCCAGGCAGCGCGAGUGCCCCUUUGGCCCAGCCUUGCUGCCCGCUGAGCCCCUGGGGGGCUGCCGGGUCCCUGUUUUCUGAGCCCAGGGCUGCCGGGCAGUUGGCACUCACAGACCCGGAGCCCCUGGGUGGGUGGCGAAGCGGCCUCCCGCCCGCGCCCACCCGAUGCUGCUUUCCCUGUGGGGACCUCAGGGGCCGUUUGAGGAUAUAUUUUCACUUGGUGACGAUUUCACUUUAGAUGCUAAUUCCUUGUUUCUUUUCAAUUUUUUAAUUUUUUUUUUUGUGGGGAAGGGGCGUUUCAUUUUGUAUUUUUUAAGGGGGUAGCGGCGGGACCACCCACCUCCCCACGCCCAGUGUCCACACUGCUGACCCCCCCCGCAUCUGCCCAGGGCCGUGAAAUAUAUGUGGGGGGGCCCUAGCAUGUUGCCAAGGAGUGAGCGGAGCUGAACCCCAUUUGCGGAAGGGGCAGGCGGGCCCAGGAAAGGGGGCACGCUGGGAGGGGCGGGCAGUCACCCACUGUCGGUCGCAGGGGUUUGUGCCAAGGGCUUGUGGGUUCUCCAAGUGCCAAGGGUGGGCCCAAGCACCCCGAGCCCCUCCAACACUGUGCCCUGGUGGAGAACGCCCCAGCCUUCCUGCCCCCCAAACACCCCUCUUCUGACGUGCCUUUUGCACCCCUCCCACGAGGACAAUCAGUCCCCUCCCGUCGUCUAUCCGGGAGCCCCUUUUUCUUCCUCCUCCCUCUGGGUACCCAGCCACCUGCCCAGGGGUGCCCCGUGUCCUCUCACCCCCACCCUACCCCACCCUGUGGCCAGCCCGGCAGGUUUUGUAAGAUACUGGGUUGGUACACAGGGAUUUUCUUUUUUCCUUGUAAUUUAAACAGGCCCAGCGUUGUUGGUUCUAUUUAAUGGACAUGAGAUAAUGUUAGAGGUUUUUAAGUGAUUAAACGUGAGACUAUGCAA